AUGACAAGAAUCAUUAAACACUUUGUUGUUUCUCUGUUUUGCUUCUUCUUAUUCUUUCUUGGAGCCAUGUCUCAGCCUUCUCAAAAUCUAACCGAUUGCAACAAAGAACUCGACGCUUAUCAAACGAACCGCAACACCGUCCUCUCCACUCUUCGCAACCGUUCCUCCCUCGGAAGCUAUUAUGCCAACGCCACGGCCGGUCUUAGACCAAACACAGUCUAUGGCAUGUCCCUAUGCAUAGGGAACAUAAGCAGAACAUCUUGUUCAGACUGUGUCCACUCCGCUACGUUGGGAAUUGGUGACACCUGCGAAACUCAUGACAGUGCUUUCAUGUUCUCUGGCGACUGUAUGGUUCGUUACUCGGACGUUUCGUUCUUCUCGCUCGUAGAGGAAUCACCUAACUCCGCUAGUUACUCUUCGAUCAACUCUUCUGAUUAUCCGAAAUUUUUCAACAAAACACUUCCUGGAAAAAUAAACGAGCUUGUCCUCAGAGUAUCCUCGUCUUCUUCGUCACAUGUUCCAUAUUUUGUGGAAGAUCAACAACAUGUAACUCAAUUGGAGGGUUCGUAUGAUUUAGAGGCAAUGGCUCAGUGUAGUCCUGAUCUUGAUCCAAGAAACUGCACCGUGUGCUUGGGACUUGUAGUCCAAAAAUUCUCAGAGUGUUGCAGCCAUUCUCGUUGGGCUCGUAUCUUAUUUCCUAAAUGUCUCCUCACGUAUAACAUCUCUGCUUUGCAACCGAACGUAACGAGUCAUGGCGUUAGAAAAGGAGAUGAUAUAUUUGGGAGAACGUUUAUUGCAAUCAUGAUAGCUUUACUAAUGAUUUUAUGACCAAAUCUAGUGAUGUAAUUAAGGAAGGAAAAUACUUGGGAGAAUUUUAAUUACGGCCAUGACAACUUCGGCUUUAGCACUAGUCGGUCUAUGAUAUCGAAUUUUAAAACGUAUGGUAUAAGUUCUUAUAAUUUAAUGCAAGUAAUUACAUUUAUAAUCACUUGUAAAUGGUAUGUAUUCAACAUUAUGAAAACAUAA